GCCGACGACGACCUCUAAACAACCUUUUGGGGUCUCGCUCGCCAUGUCUCGCUUAUUUCGCUUUGGAAUUUCACGUUGACGGCGCAGUCGGCGGGAGCAGAGGCAUCGGCAUCGGCAGAGGCGGCGGCAGAGGCAGCGACCGACUCGAAGCGAAAAUAAAAGCGUUAACCGCUCUCCUCCAGUGCAGCAGCAGCAGCGGACCCAGCCAGUAGCCAGCAGCUAAUCACCACAUCCCAGAUUCAGUUUCCAGUUCGAACUACACUCGAAUCUCAAAAAUGACCACCUACUUCAACUACCCCAGCAAGGAGCUGCAGGAUGAGCUGAGGACCAUCGCCCAGAAGAUUGUGGCCCCCGGCAAGGGAAUCCUCGCCGCCGACGAGUCCGGCCCCACCAUGGGCAAGCGUCUGCAGGACAUCGGCGUGGAGAACACCGAGGACAACCGCCGCGCCUACCGUCAGCUGUUGUUCAGCACCGACCCCAAGCUGGCUGAGAACAUCUCCGGCGUGAUCCUGUUCCACGAGACCCUCUACCAGAAGGCCGACGAUGGCACCCCCUUCGCCGACAUCCUGAAGAAGAAGGGCAUCAUUCUGGGCAUCAAGGUCGACAAGGGUGUCGUCCCACUGAUGGGCUCCGAGGAUGAGGUGACCACCCAGGGUCUGGAUGACCUGGCCGCCCGCUGCGCCCAGUACAAGAAGGACGGCUGCGACUUCGCCAAGUGGCGUUGCGUCCUGAAGAUCGGCAAGAACACCCCAUCCUACCAGUCGAUCCUGGAGAACGCCAACGUUCUGGCCCGUUACGCCUCCAUCUGCCAGUCGCAGCGCAUCGUCCCAAUUGUGGAGCCCGAGGUGCUGCCCGAUGGCGACCAUGACCUGGACCGCGCCCAGAAGGUCACCGAGACCGUCCUGGCCGCCGUCUACAAGGCCCUGAGCGACCACCACGUCUACCUGGAGGGUACUCUGCUGAAGCCCAACAUGGUCACCGCCGGUCAGUCGGCCAAGAAGAACACCCCCGAGGAGAUCGCCCUGGCCACCGUGCAGGCUCUGCGCCGCACCGUCCCAGCCGCCGUCACUGGCGUGACCUUCCUGUCUGGAGGUCAGUCCGAGGAGGAGGCCACCGUCAACCUGAGCGCCAUCAACCAGGUUCCCCUGGUCCGCCCAUGGGCUCUGACCUUCUCCUACGGCCGCGCCCUGCAGGCCUCCGUCCUGCGUGCCUGGGCUGGCAAGAAGGAGAACAUCGCCGCCGGCCAGAACGAGCUGCUCAAGCGCGCCAAGGCCAACGGAGAUGCCGCUCAGGGCAAGUACGUCGCCGGAAGUGCUGGUGCCGGAUCCGGAUCCCUGUUCGUGGCCAACCACGCCUACUAAGGCGUUGGGAUUGGGAUGGACCUUGUCUUCACACAAUAACAAACGCAACCAUAUACAACUAACUACGAAGCAGAUUGCUGGAAUCGUUUGGCAGUUUUGUUUAUUUUUAUCUUAGUUUCAAGAGCUAAGCAAAGCAAGCAUUAAAAAAUCAAAAAAAAAAAAGAGAACACGAAUGAUUACAUUUUCAAAACAUGUUUUAUAUGUGUAGUACGUCACAUGUUUGCAAAUUAAUUAUAUGAUAAAAAUAUUUAAGAGAACUACUAAUUGAUGAAUGCAGAAGAAAGGAAUGAUUAUGUUCGAUGGAGAAGCAAUUUUAUCUUUAGUUUUAAGCACAUGAACCUAUUAUUGUUGAAGUUAUGAAUUUUCUAUUAUAUUAUGAUUAUGAAAGAUUUCAAUGUGAACAAGCAAAAAGUGUCGUAAAUCGUUAAGUUAAACAAACAUUUCAUAGUGAAAACAACAGUAACCCACUAUCAACAACAUCAAAAUGUAAAAGUCUUGGAACAUUGAAAUCGCACAAAGUUUUAUGAAAUUUUCUAAAGUUUUAUAAAAAAAUCGUCUAUAAAAACCGAUGUUUUACCAUUAUUAUUACUCUUAAACUUUAUAUUUAUGAUUUAUAAGUAUAAGUGAAAAAAUGACGCAAAUAAACAGAACACAUUACAAUAAACCCGAAAAGCCCCCAAACAACUCAA